GGAAAGGGGGAAACAAGCAGGAACUGUGCGCUUAGAGGAGGGGGGGCGCCAGAGGGCCUUUCUUCCUUCGUCUUGGCCUGGUGCCGCUCAGGCUGGCCAGAGCCAGCUCUACCAUGUGGGGGCAGAGGAUCUCAGCAAUAAUUCAGGGUUCCAGCCCCCUGGAACCAGUUGCCAGGAAACAGGGAGACUGCACGCUCAUCCCUGGGGAGAACGGGUUUCUAGGUCAGACAAAGCAGUGAAAUGGAAGCCCAGGCUGCUGACUGGAGGCCCGGGGAUCGUCGCACUCGGCUCCUGAAGGCUGAGUGGAGACACAGGGUGAGGCCCUGACGAGGACUCAGCUGGUGUGGCUACAACCAUGGGAUGUAGAGGUGUGGGUCCUGGACUCAGGAAUUUGAGUGGAAAACUUUUUCUGCAGCUAUUCUAAGAGACAAACCCCCAUCAGUGCAGGAAACUCCCAACCGUAGGAAAAUGGUCUCUCCAAAAUGCCAUCUUCAUUAACUUUGGCCAAUAUGGGUCAAGACUAGGGUUGAGGCGGCACAGGCCUACCCCAACCUCAGAAUCGCUGGGAUCAGGUUCACCUGCUUGGCCCUGUGCCAGCUGGGGAGACUGGUGCAUCUUUCAUGAAGUCACCAGAUCCCUGGGACAGGCUGUCGGUUCUUCCGAGUUUCUGGAACCAGACCCGCUGCUGCCCAUUGAGCUGCCGCCCUGUGUGCCCGGGUGCCGGGCCCCUUUCCCCUGCAGCCAUGAGCCAAGCCUUCUGGAAAACCUACAAGUCCAAAGUGCUGCAGACACUGAGUGGGGAAUCUGAAGAGGACCUGGCAGAGAGGGAGAGCCCAGCAUUAGUGGAGUCUGAGACGGCGGAAGCCGAAGAGGAGGCCUUCAACCCCAUGUCACAACUGGCCCGGAGGGUUCAGGGGGUUGGGGUGAAAGGCUGGCUGACGAUGUCAUCUCUGUUUAACAAAGAAGAUGAGGACAAACUGCUGCCACCAGAGCCCUGUGCUGAUCACCCGCUGGCGGCUGCCCCCUCCUCGCAGGCGGCCGCAGCAGAGACGGAGCCGCGCGGACCGGGAUUCUGGGACGCGUUCGCCAGCAGAUGGCAGCAGCAGCAGCAGGCGGCGGCGUCCGCGCUGCGCGGAGGAGCCGAGAGCAGCGCCGGGCGGGACCCGGAGCCGCAGGACAAGCCUGCCGAGGAGGCCGCCGAGCGCCCCGAGACGCGGGAGCCCGACCCCGCCGCAGGCUUCAAGUGGGGUUUCCUCACCCACAAACUGGCAGAGAUGAGGGUGAAAGCCGCGCCCAAGGGCGACUAGCCGGCCAGCCCAGCUGGCGCCCGCCUUUCCCUGCCUCCCAUAAAAACUCCCGGAUCGACACCCAGUGGAACUGUGAAAUUUUUUUCCCCUCGACGACAGGAAAAGCUACUUUUAGGUGGGCGACCUGGAUGCGGGGGUGUCUAGCUAAAGGAUUCCUCACCUCCUUCCCCGACACUCCAAGUGGCAGGAUGGGUGGCCUUAGAUUUAAGGUGCGACUUUCCAGGAGGCCCCAGAGAACAGACUCCACUGUCCUGUCCAGCUUCACUUCGUCAGCAGCCCCUGCUGGUGGCCCAACGGCAUCCGCUCUCUACCAGUGGGUCCUGAACAAGGGUUUCUUGAGGCACAAAAUAGGCCUGGCUGCCCUAGGGGAGAUCAGAGGAGAUGAGGCCGAUGGGGAAUUUUGGGAACGUUUCCUGGAGGAGAAGAAUGCAGAGUUAGAGGAGGAAACC